UAGGACGAUAAUAAGACCAGGUUCGGUCCCGUCUUCGUUUUAAUCUGUGACCGAGUGAAGGAAUCACUGAGCAUAGUUCACUCUCGUUCAGUCUCCACCACCCAAUGGCAGCAGACGGCACCGCCACCACCACUCGCCCAGUCAAAAUCAUCGCUGGCGCUGAUGACUUCGGCACGCCUCUCAAAGACGCUCUAGUCUCCCACCUCCGCUCCCGCAACAUUGAAGUCGAAGAUCUCGGAACUUCCUCUUACUACUCCGCCGGAGCCGAGGUCGGCCGCCUCGUCUCCGAAUCCUCCUCAUCCUCGGCCGUGGAUGUCCGCGGCCUCGUAGCGUGCGGCACCGGCGCCGGUGUCUCCAUCUUCGCCAACAAAUUCCCUGGUGUGUUCGCCGCAACAUGUCUCACCCCUGCCGACGCGAUCAACGCCCGAUCCAUCAACAACUCCAACGUCCUUGCGGUCUCCGGCAAGUCCACUACACCGGAAUCCGCCAUUGAGAUCGUCGAGACGUGGCUCAAAACUCCGUUCAAGUCCCCUUGCCCCGCAAACGACAACAAACCUUGGCCGGAGGAGAUCCAGUCGUUCCUGGACAACUCGCUCAAGGAAAUGCCUGAAAUCGGGAAAACUGGAACGGUGCAGGACACGUGCGCGGUUUGUUGUCUGGUGAAGAAUCGGGAACUGAAUCCGAUCGAUAUAAUUCCGGGCGGGUCGAUGAAGAUCCUGAGGGAGAGUCCGACGUCAGCGUUCGUUAGGUUCAAGGCGGGAAGCGUGGAGCCGGCGCACCACCACACAUUCGGGCAUGACCUGGUGGUGAUUGAAGGGAAGAAGAGCGUUUGGAAUCUGACGAAGGAGGAGAGAUACGAUCUGACGGUUGGGGAUUACCUGUUCACUCCAGCCGGUGAUGUUCAUCGGGUUAAGUAUUAUGAGGACACCGAGUUCUUCAUCAAGUGGGAUGGCCACUGGGAUAUGUUCUUUGAUGAGGAUCUUGAGACUGCUAAGAACGCCAUUGAGAAGGAGUUAGCCAAGUGAAAUUAAAUUCACACUUCAAGUUGCUCUUUGCUGUGGAUGAUGAUGCAUCAUGUAUGUAUUAGUGUUUAUAUGGAUUAGAUGAACUUUUGUAUGAAUAAUCUGUCUUGAGUGGUAUGGAUUUUAUCUUUGCAGCGA